AGUUCAUGUGACUGGGAGUGAUGUAGCGCUGAUCCACAAUUUGGAAUUGGAAAUGAUAUGCCAAAAUUCAUGUGCACUUUUUCAAGCAGAUUCCCAAAAGCUUUUUCGCGGAAAAGGAGGUGUAGUGUUAGUUAUCAAGUGAUCGUAGUAAUGUCACAAACAUGGCUUCUGCGAAAGUCCUUGACAGUAGAUGGGUUCGUAGGUACCGUAUAUUUUUCGUAGCAGGUACUAUUAUUCUAGGCAUCCAAGUCUUCCUCGCGUAUAAGUUUUUUCCUGGUGAUAAUGAUGUCAGUGAAAAACUUCAAGAUCAAAGAGGUGUAUCAGGAAAAGGGAGGGUAAACAUAGAGGUAUUACAUGAAGAUCCUAAUGGUGCAGUUUCAUCAAGGAGAUUCAAGGAAAAUUACUUAGUUGUAGAUGAUGAGGACAGCCCAAGCAAUAGCAACCCUGUGAAUGGCCUUUACAACAAACAUAAAGUUCCUCCUGAUAAAUAUGACGUAGCAGAUAGCAGAAACCCUGCAGUUGCAGCAGAAAAAGUGCCUCAGCAUUCACACAGUAGGAAUAGGGUAAUUCAAUGGGGAAAUCGGAGUAGCUUAAGACUGGAAGAAUUAGAUUUUGUACCUGUUUGUGAUAUAACAACCAAAGAAGCAAUAUCAGCAGUUCACCGAGCUAAGACACAACGAUGUAAGCAGCAACUAGUGAACAUUACGUGCCUUAUACAGCAGGGGCAGCUGUACCCAGAACGUCUUUCUAGUUCUUGCCCAUCACAAGGUUUUACUGCUGGAAAAUCCCUUGGAUGUUACCGUGAUGAAAAAACAUUUCGGCUGCUAUCUGGAUAUUAUGCAAAUUUUAAAACAACAAAUUCUCCACAGUACUGCAUCAAUAUGUGCCUUCAGUCUGGCUUUCCCUAUGCUGGUGUACAGUACUCUACUGAGUGCUUCUGCGGAUAUGAGGAGCCUCCGUCCACAUCACGGCUUCCUGAUUCAUCCUGCAACAUGAAGUGCCCGAGUGACGCCCAUGAAGCCUGUGGUGGAUACUACACAAUCAAUGUCUAUGAAACAGGCAUUGCAAAAUUUAUGCCUCAAGUGCCAAAUAUUAAACCUGAAUCUGGAACGCAGCCUGUAAGAAUAGCCUAUCUACUAACAUUGAAUGGUCGAGCAUUACGCCAAGUACGCAGAUUAUUUAAAGUGCUAUUCCACAGGGACCACUUCUUCUUCAUCCAUGUAGAUGCUAGACAAGACUAUCUUUACCGAGAGCUAUUGACUCUGGAGCACAACUUUCCUAAUGUGAAGAUUUCACGAACACGUUUUGCGACCAUCUGGGGUGGUGCAUCAUUGCUACAAAUGCUUUUAACAUCAAUGAAAGAGCUUCUGGACUCAGACUGGAAGUGGGAUUUUGUUAUAAAUCUGAGUGAAUCAGACUUCCCUGUCAAGACAGACAGAGAACUGGUUGAAUUUUUGACUGCCAACAAAGGCCGCAAUUUUGUCAAGUCUCAUGGUCGUGAAGUCCAGCGCUUUAUUCAGAAGCAAGGACUUGACAAGACAUUUGUAGAAUGUGAUGCACAUAUGUGGCGCACUGGAGAUCGCCGACUCCCAUGGGGAAUACAAGUUGAUGGUGGAAGUGACUGGGUUGCUCUGUCACGACAGUUUGUGGCCUAUGUAGCAAGCAAUGCAUCAACUGAAGAUCCUCUGCUUAGCGGUCUUGCUGUAGUAUUUCAUCACACUUUAUUGCCUGCUGAGACUUUCUUCCACACUGUGCUGCGGAACUCACGUUUUUGCAACACGUAUGUAGACAACAACCUACAUGUGACCAACUGGAAACGGCGACUGGGAUGCAAAUGUCAGUACAAACAUGUUGUUGAUUGGUGUGGUUGCAGUCCCAAUGAUUUCAGGAUUGAUGAUUGGCCACGCCUCCAGGGAACAGAAGGGCGACAGCUGUUUUUUGCUCGAAAAUUUGAAGCUAUUGUUAACCAGGGAAUCAUAAACCAGCUGGAUGAGUGGUUGUAUGGUCCACACACUGCAAGUAUUACUGGGCUUAAUAGUUAUUGGCAGAAUACAUACCACAGUGAUGAUCUCAGCCCAUCACCUGACGAUGCACUUGUAACACUCGCCUUCAGUCUUGCACGUCUCACUGCAAAAGAUAUAAAUAUUAAUAAUGAUGGGUGCUCCCUGAGUGUGAAGAAAAUUGUAUCGGUCACUUCAUACCACUUCAAAGACAUCUACAAGGGCUCAUUGAUACUGUUUGAGGCACAACUAGAAGAAGCAAACAGAAUUGCAACUGUUAGACUGGAAACCUGGAUAAAGCCUCAGGAUCACAUUCGAAUUUUUGACCAUGGUACCCUUCAGUCUGUGAUCAAGUCGGCAGUUGUGAGCUCUGAUUACGAUCAAAAAGAACAGCUGUUGAGGAAUCAUAUACGGAGCUUAGGCCCUUUCUCAGAACCAGCAUUGGCUGUUGAGAUAGAACCAGCAUUAGGAACUAAUUCAGCAGUAUCACUAAAUCUGACAGCUCUCUGGAUAGACCCAGCAGGAAGACUUGCCCAGGUUGCAGACAUUCAUGUUGAUGAUACUACCUUGACUGGUUCAGUGAAACCAACACUUCGAGACCCACUACUUCCAGGUGCAUGGAAAGUGAAGCUGUUACACAAGGAUUCUCCAUUAGUCCAAACAGAAUUUGUUGUUAUGCCGCUAGAAUUUGUAUCAGGCGUGCCAGUGAGUCAGCAGCAAGCAGGGUUUAUUCAUAAUGGGCCUCCUCAAAUAUUUAGUGUUGAUGAAGGCUCUGAGUGGGACAAACAUCUGACCUUGAGCUCUGAAGAAAGGGCCAGUCUGCAGAGAAGAAGUGUAACCAAUGCUCGUCGAUUUGGACUUGAUCUGAGGGAAUGGAUCGAUUCGCUUACUACAAAAUUCUAUAAAAUUUUGGACAAGUGUGUCGACACAAUGCAGAGACGACCUGAUGCACUACUCUGUGGGAAUUUGCAAAUAGAACCUUGUGCUGCAACUUUUUGGAGCUCACUGUCUCCUGAUCCAAAGUCUAGUAUCACAACUAUUGAGCCUGCAACGGGUCGACUGCACAGGUGAUGACUGGGGUUACUUUUUAGGUAUAUUUCAAAUUUGUGAUCAACAUGACAUUCAAAAGCAAUACUGAAAAGUCAUUCCACUAUUUAAGAGUCUCCUUCUAAAGCCAUUUAAAUAUUUGACAGGCAAUCAUAUACAAAAUGAAAGCUUUAAUGUCUGUUUGAUUUUUAAAUGGUCAUUGUUAUACAAAAAUUUUAAAGAUAAAUUUGAAAUGCCAUAUUUCUGUACCAUGUGAUAUCCACUACUUGAGUUUAGCUUUGCUCAGAUUACAUAUAAGAUAGUUUACAAUAAAAGUUUUCUAUUAAUUCAUGAAAUGUUUUGUGAUAAGACAUCAACAUAUGACCGGUGCUCAUUGUACAUGUAUAUAUGUCAGAUUUCAUGAACUGCUCCUAUGUAAAUCUGUACCGUAUUUUGAAGGGGUGUAUAAAGUAUUAAUUCAAAGAAGUAAUAAUCAUCAAAUCCAACAUGAAGCUCAUAGCUGAAUGUUGAUUUGGUGAAUAUGUUAUGUACUUACUGUGUAAGUUUGUUGACCUUUACUGUUAAUGGAGAACAUUAAAAAUCUGACAACAAAAGUUAAUUCCUCAUUGUGCUGAAUAUAUAUAUACAGUAUAUAAAUCAGUCAUAAUUCAUGAAUGCCUCAAAAAAUAACAUAAAACUACAGAUAUUUUUUUCAGUUUCCUAUAACCCAAUAGAUACUACCUUUGUACUGAGCGUGGCAUUUGCUGUGAUCCUUGUAGGCUCCUUAUAUUAGCUGAUAAUCUGAUUUCAGAUUCCUGAUUGUUAACAUAUCAGAGAGAAAUCCUUGCACAUCCUUAGAUGUUGAAAUGAGAAGAAGGAAAUGGGUUUAGAUUUAAUGUUCUUUCAAUGACAAGGUCAUUAGAAAGAGAUAGUUGGUGAUAGAUAAUGGAUACAUCAUUAAAAUGAAGUGAUCAUAUGGCAUUAUUGGCCGGGAGACCCAGCCUGGGGUUGUUUGGCUGCCUAGUGCAGGUCUUUUUAUUUGAUGCCACAUUGGUGAUUUGCAUGUUGAUGAUGAUGAUAACACAACACUCAGGCCCUGAGCAGAUAAAAAUCUGCAACUUGGACGGGAUUAAAACUUGGGCCCUCCUGCAUGGCAGCCAGCUGCACUGAUCACUCAGUUACAGAGAUGGAAAAAUACAUCAUUAUAUUGAUGGGAGAAUAGAGAGGACGAAAUCUGGUGCUGACACAAUAGUAGCAGCAUUAAAAUCACUGAUCUUAAUUCAAUGAAUGCCUUAUGACUUAAUCAAAUAAGGCACUACAUAGCACAGGAUUUAAUGAAGAUAGCAGAAUCUUCUUUUUACUGUGUGACAGUAGGUGGACACACAAGAAGAUUAACAACAAUAAUAGUUUUCAUAACCAGCAUUUUUCCUCAUUCAGUAAGAGGGAAAACAGAACUAUUCAACACUUAAAUACGAAAUUAAGCCUGAUACCUGGGAUAAAGACAACAGAAUAGGAUCAGAAGGAAACUAGUUUGUUGGACUGGAUUGUAGAGUUUCCUCUAAUCAAUUAUAUUUUUUGAUAGAUGAAGGGACCCAUGGCUCCAAACAGUAGACUUUCUGUCAACUUUUCUUUGAUUUUUUAAUCUGUGCUAAUACUUUGCAAGUGAUUUUUUUCCUAAAUUUAUUCAAUAUAGAAUUGAGCAAAGUUUUACAGAAAAAAAGUAAGGGUUACAUUUUCUUAAUGGCCCACAUAGAUGAUUAAAAAUUUUGUCAAGUUUCACAUUAUUUGCCACUCUGCUGUUUCGUUUGGUGUGUUUGUCAAAUUUGUGCUUCAUUUGACAUAUUUGAGAGAAAGUUUGAUUAUGGCCCAUUUGACAAACAGUUUCGACUGCUGAUGCAUGUAUUUGUUGAACAAUAGUCAAUUGCUAUUGUCUGUAACUGAGAGAUAUCUAUCAACUGGAAGAGAUUUCAGGGACUUAAAGUGUGAAUCUUACAUUGCAUCUUGUAUGUUGCCCAACGGUGUCAAAAUAUUUCAUGACACAAUACAUACAGCAUGACACUGCUUAAAAAGUGACACCAAAUUGUUUGCUGUGUUGUGCAUUCGUUCGGAGAAACCAAACAGUGAAUUUGACAGACAAGUUUUAUUGUUUACAGUGGCCUUUAACAGAUGAAUACUGUGUAAUCCUAAAUCAGCUAAAUACAUUACCAAUCAACCCACAGAGAAGUAUCAGUCUGUCAGAUAAUCUGCUCCCUGUCUAGGUUCGAACCUGGUCUUCAUGUAGUUUUCACUUAUAAAGGAAAAUAUUUUAUUUCCUAAACACAUCAGAACCUUUCCAUGUGAGCCAAUCUGUCAUUUGAAGAUAAUUCUGUGACGCCAGAAGAUCUGGAUCAGAAAUUAAUUCAUUCCUUUGUGUGCUGAAUCUGCAACUCAGACUUUGUCUUUCUCACAUGAUUAUUUUAUUGCAAAACUGUGUGUGAGACACCCAGAUAAAUGGCCUUCUUACGAGGUGCUAGGGUGAAGAUCAUCCAGGAGAGAAGUAUAGCAGAGAUUUUGCUCCACAGUUAUCAGUUUGUAAGUAAUAUGAUGCAGAGGUUCAGAUGACUCUCCUUAAUAACUGAUUGGCUGAACUUUUUGUAUUAAUUCAAACAUCAAGUCAGUGUCAAAAGUAUUACAACGAUAGACCAAUAACCACCCUCAGCAUUUUAUAAGAGCAGAAAUGUUGUUUCAAGGGAUACAGCAAAUAUUACUGAAUUAUAAUGAAUCAUUUAUUUCAGUCACAGUUGCAAAAUGAUACAGGUGAUCAUCACUAGUUUCAAUGGUUAGGUGACCAUAAUCAAAUUUUGACUGGUUGGUUACUGUUUAACAUAUUGUGAGUGUCAAAUCACUGUGUCAACAUUAAAAUAGCCUAAUGGCCAAAACCAAUCACCAUCACAUUUAUUGUUUUGCAGCUGUGACUGAAAUAACAGAAACAGAAUGGAGGGCUUAGGUUUUAGCUUUUCCUCAGAGUUACUAACAGUUAUCAGAACUUGUCUUCUGACUAUCCUUAACAGUUCUGAAUGAUAAUGGCAGUUCAGUAACUUAGCUGACAUAUCCAUUCUUCAUCUGUGCUUGCCACCAUUUAAGACUCUGAGGUAAGUGCUGGCCUGUGCUCCAUCAUAAGCAUUCAGUUGCCUAUCCCACUUGAUCAAUAAUAAAAGUAGUUCUUUGCCACAGCAGAAACUUCUUUUAAAUGUAAUCAGUCACUGAGGAAGACGAAAAUAUUGAUAGGAAAGAUGACUGUAGCUGUUUUUCCGUUAUUAUAAUUACAUUGUUACAAAACAUGCAAGUAGCACUUCAAAUGGGUUUUGAGUUAUCUAUCCAUACUAAUUUUUUGGGAAACAAAGUUUUAGUUCAUGGGUUCUUGUUAUGUUUGUAGUAAAAGCUGAAUUUAAAUUUCCCACUUCCAUAAACAAAUAGUAACAGCUGUGUGAGAGAAACAUCUGCCAGCUACCAUUAAAGAGAUGUGUAUAUCUAAUUCAAAACAUUAUAAAUGGCAUAGUUUCCAUCAAGUUAGUUUUCUUAUUUAUAACAGUCAAACGAUUAAGAGAUAACUGUGGCGUAUUCUCCAGACUAGCAUGAUUUUGUGGUUGUGCAGAGUAGAAAAAGAAUUUUGAUGUUCCUCAAUGAAAACAACGUCCUCGGCUGAUUACUGUUUUCAUAAGUACCAAAUAUGUUUUCCAUUGAAUACCAUUUUCCUCUGCUCUCACCUUAAGAAUCACAAGAAAAUAUCAGAGACCUCUUUAACAUAUUUUAAAUAAUGAGAUGUAUUGAUGUAGUCAGGCAGUUAUUCUGGCUAUUAUUACUUGUAUUCAUGUGCAUCUCAAGGCCUAAAGUCACCUUUUCACUUUUUCCAUGUGCAAAACUUAAAUAUUUCAUGUAUAUAUUCAGCACAGAGACAUAUUUCUCUUUCAAUAUAUAAAAAAUGUUUUAUUGUCUACAUCAGGGAGUUGUCUACUGUUAUCAAGGGCUAUAUAUGAAGUACUGAUAAUUUUAUAUGAGGCAGAUGAUUUGGGACUUACUAUUGUUUUGAAUAUCACACCGAAUAUGUUGGUUUUUAUUUAGCAAGUUAUGUGACAUUUGUUACUCAAAACUAGUAUAGAAUGAGUGUUCCUUAGUCAUAGCCAUUUUUUCAGUGCCAUACAGCUUUCAUACUGUAAGACAUUAAAUGUCGAUUUUAUGUAUUGUAUUAUUCAUUUAAAGUCUUUAAAGUUUUGAUAAGAAUGUUUAAAUUAUUUGUGAUCUGAUGAUGACUGUUGAAUGUAUGAGACUGUCAUGUGAUUUAUUGUACAUUAUGGGAAAUUAAUAUGUUUUAUAUUCAAGUACAUAAAUGUAAUUUAUACAAAUGAAAAAACUGACAUUUUUCAUACAUAUGUAUUUUAAUAAAUGCUCAUAAAAGAACAACUUCACUAUAAAUA